AUGCAUUUGCGGGACAGCGAAGGCGGCGGAACCGCCUACCAAGAGAACGGCCAUGCCGAUGGCGCAAACGGCUUGACUAACGGCACCGUCAACCCUUCCUCGACGAGAACCAUUGCCGUGACGCCCCGGACCGAGGCCGGUGGUGUAAGCGACUUUAGACAUGAGCUGCUCCUCGCAUGGCUGCUCGUACUCUACCGCAACAAUGACGACGGUCUAAGCAGCGUAAAUUGGGGAUUUAGAACGCGGGAGGGUCAGCAGCCGUCGUCCGCAACUCACAACAGCUUGAGUUUGAGCGAGGCGCCGUUCAAAAACAGUGACUCGAUAUCUGAGGCUCUCGAGGUCAUCAAGGACCUUGGCGCGAGGGAGCUUGACAGUGAUGCGCAAACGGUUCCGGUGAUAUACUUCAACAAUGGAGCACCAGUCACUCAAAGCCAUUUUGAGAAGACGCCAUCCAAGAGAUCGCACGACUGGACAUACCAGGUCGAGACGACGAUCAACGAGAAUCAGAUGGUGAUCAAGGCCCAGUGGGACCGCGCCGUUCUCUCAUAUCGCCAUGCCAUCUCACAGCUCGACUCCUUCGUCGAGAUCCUCACCACAAUCCUCGAAAAACCACACCGCCAGAUCUCUGACACGAUCGGACCCACUGCCAAGGAUCUCGAGCAGCUGUGGACAUGGAACGCCGAGCUCCCAGAGAACAUGCAGAGAUGCAUGCAAGACAUCAUCGCCGAGGUGGCCAACAACGGCCCCGAUCGGCCUGCCGUUGAGUCCUGGGACGGGAACUUUACCUACGGCGACGUAGAGCGCCUCUCGACUCGUCUCGCGCGCCACCUUGUGCACCGCGGAGUCAAGGUCGGCUCGACAGUGCCCAUGUGUUUCGAGAAGUCGCGGUGGACGACCGUGGCUCUCCUGGCCGUCAUGAAGGCCGGCGCCGCCUUCGCUCUCACCGACCCUAGCCAGCCCGAGGCCCGUCUGCGCACCAUUGUCGAGCAGACUGGUGCUACCAUCAUCGUAACCUCCCAGAAGCAGAGUGAGCUCGGCCGGCGCAUCGCUCCCGAGGGAACCCUCGUCAUCGCCUCCGACGAGACCCUCAACCAAGACACCCUCGAGCUGGCCCCUGAGCUACCCUAUAUCCCACCAUCCUCCCCCCUCUACAUCCAGUUCACUUCCGGUAGCACGGGUAAGCCCAAGGGCGUAAUGAUUUCCCACGAAAACUUCACCAGCGGUGCCGUCCCCCGUGGCUGGGCCGUCGGUUACCGCGCGCACUCUCGCUGCUUCGAUUUCGCAUCGUACGCCUUCGAUGUUGCCAUCGACUGCAUGCUCUGCACCCUCGCUGCGGGUGGUUGCCUUUGCAUUCCCUCGGACGAGGAUCGCAUGAACGACUUGAGUGGGGCCAUCCGCAACUCGAAGUGCAACAUGGCGCACAUGACCCCUUCUGUCGCCCGUGUCCUGGACCCGGACGUCAUCCCUUCUCUUGAAGUCCUCGGUCUCGGUGGUGAGGCCGUCUCUGCGGGCGAUGCUUCGACAUGGAGCAAGACGACGAGCGUUAUCAUUGCCUACGGCCCAUCAGAGUGCACUGUCGGCUGCACCAUCAACAGCAACGUGAGCAGCACCUCGACCAACAUUGGCAAGGGUUGCGGCGGUCUCACCUGGAUCGUCGAUCCUGAUGACCACGAGCGUCUAAUGCCCGUUGGCGCCGUUGGUGAGCUCCUCAUCGAGGGACCCGUCGUCGGUCUGGGAUAUCUCAACGACAAGGCCAAGACCGACGAGGUCUUCAUUGAGGACCCCGCCUGGCUCCUCGCUGGCGGCGGCCCCGCUCGCGGCAGACACGGUCGUCUCUACAAGACUGGCGACCUGGUCCGCUACGACCCCGACGGCACCGGGUCUAUCGCCUUCGUCGGCCGCAAAGAUCAGCAGGUGAAGCUCCGCGGUCAAAGAAUCGAGCUGGCUGAGGUCGAGCACCACCUCAGGGGCAAGAUGCCCUCCGGCGUCAAGGUCGUGGCCGAGGUCAUCAAGCCCGGCGGCAGCGAGCCCACCCUGGUUGCCUUUGUUGUUGAGCAGAACCCCGUUGAAAAUUCCGAAUCUGAAGGCGAUGUCACCGUCUUUUCGCCCGAAUUCAGCCAGGCCAUCGCGGAAAUCGAUAUUGCGUUGGGUGCCGAGAUCCCCCGCUACAUGGUCCCUUCCGCCUACAUCCCCCUCCGUAAGAUGCCUUCCUUGGUCUCCGGCAAGAUCGACCGCAAGCGCCUGCGUGAGCUCGGAGGCUCCAUGGCCCGCGAGCAAGUCGCCCGUCUGCGCGUGGCUCCGACCGAGAAGAGCGAGCCCGAGACGGAGAUGGAGAAGGCGUUGCAGCAGGUUUGGACCAAGAUUCUUGGCAGCGAGGCCAGCAUCGGUCUGCACGACAGCUUCUUCGCUCUUGGAGGCGACUCCCUCCGCGCGAUGAAGCUCGUCGCUGCCGCCAGAGAGGAGGGCAUCGCCUUGACUGUGGCGAGCAUCUUCAACUUCCCCACGCUUAAGGACAUGGCCCAGAACGCGACCAAAGUAUCCAAGGAGGAUAAGGCCGUCGUUGCCCCCUUUUCUCUUCUCGAGGAGGGGUGGACCCCUGAGGAGGCCCGCGCAGAGUCUGCGAAGCUUUGCGGCAUCGACGAGUCUGCGAUCGAGGACAUUUACCCCUGCACGCCUCUUCAAGAGGGUCUGAUGGCCCUUUCUGCCAAGGUCAAGGAGGCAUACGUCGCGCAGAGAGUUGUUGACCUCGCCGACUCUGAGACGGCAGACAAGCUUCGUACUGCCUUUGACGUUGCGGCUGCAGACUGCGCCAUCCUUCGUACCAGAAUCGUCCAGGUUCCUGGCCGCGGCCUCGCUCAGGUCGUGGUCAAGGAGGACAUUGCCUGGCACAUUGGUGAUGACCUUCAAGGCUACCUCGUGAAGGACCGCGAGGAGGGCAUGGACCUUGGCAGGCCCCUAGUCCGGUACGCACUUAUCACAGACAAGGAGACGGGCAAGGUGCAGUUCGUAUUGACGAUGCACCACGCCCUCUACGACGGCUGGUGUAUGCCUCUGAUCGUCGACAAGGUUAACAAGGCCUUCGAUGGCGUCAAAGUUCAGCGCCCUGCCGAGUUCAAGGACUUCAUUAAGUACCUUGGCAGUAUGGACCGCAGCGCUGCCGAGACGUACUGGCGUGAUCAGCUUCACGGCGCCAACGGCCCUCAGUUCCCCGCUCUGCCGUAUGAGGGCUAUCAGACGCAGGCCGACUCUCUUCUGGAGGUUUACGUGCCCUUGAACGGCCGGCCGGCGUCCAACACCACCGUCGCGACAGUGAUUCGCGGUGCGUGGGCGUAUGUGGCGUCUCACUACUCUUCAUCAACCGACGUUGUUUUUGGUGAAACACUCACUGGACGUAACGCCCCCAUCCAGGGCGCCGAGGAGAUUGAGGGCCCUAUGAUUACAACUGUACCCUUCCGUCUACAGAUCAACGGAGAGACGACUGUCAGCGACUUUCUCCAAGAUAUCCAGGAUCAAACCAUCCAGCAGAUUCCCUACGAACACACUGGUCUCCAGCACAUCCGUCGUCUCAGCCCCGACGCCCUUGAGGCAUGCGAGCUGAGAACAGGUCUCGUACUGCACCCGAGUGCCGACGACUUCGACCAAGAGGAGUUUAACAGGUACCCUGCGAACCGCUUGGUGCCCGCAGGUGACGCGGAGGCCGCGGAGGAGGCCCUCAAGUUCAACACCUAUGCCCUCAUGCUCGUAUGCUCAACGGACCCUAAGGGCUUCCUCGUCAUGGCCUCGUUCGACUCCAAGACUGUCCAGAAGCCGCUGAUGGAGAAGGCUCUUGCUCAAUUCUCCCAGGUUGCCCAGAAGCUCUGCCAGCUUACUGACACGCCGCUUGGCGAUGUUGCAUACCUGACGCAGGAGGACCAGGCCGAGGUGUCCCGCUUGAGUACCGAGAGCGUGAAGAGUGUUCAGGAGGAGUACCCCGAGGCCGAUUCUGUGUGGAUAGUCAACCCGGCCAACUCUGGGCGUCUGGCUCCUCUGGGAGUCGUCGGCGAGCUUGUGGUUGUUAGCAAGGCGGAGUUGUCUCUCUCUACUCUUGAGCAACCCUCAUGGGCGGAGAACAAGGAGACUGGCAGAUUCUACAAGACGGAUCGUCUGGCCAAGUUCAACCCAGAUGGAUCUGUUCAGAUCACCGGCAAGAAGAGUGAUCUGGUCCAAAAGUCCAGCACCGCCAGCAAGGCUCCCACCAAGCGCAUCUCUGCUACCUCUGCUAAGCAGCGCCGCCUGCGAACUCUCUGGAGCCGCGUCCUUAAGCUCCCCGAGAGCGACAUUGGUCUCAAUGACAGCUUCUUCCGGCUUGGCGGUGACUCCAUUGGUGCCAUGAAGCUUGUAUCCGAGGCCCGUCUCGCCGGCCUUACACUUACCGUCAACCAAGUCUUUACCAAGAGAACGUUGUACGAUAUGGCCAGUGUCUUGCAGGAUUCAGAGCCGACACAAGGCUCUCAAGACACGGCGAAGGCGCUGGCUCCUUUCGAGCUCCUUGACAACUUUGGCGCUGCCCCGGCCGAGACCCUGAAGCCCCUGCUGGCCGACCAAACAUGGAAGAUCGUCGACGCCUUCCCCGCGAGACCGCUGCAAGAAGUCGCUGUCAAGGGAACCAUUGAAAUUCCCCGCUUCUCUGCGCGUUACGAGGCCAUGUACUUUGAGAGCGAUGUCGACCGUCCCCGCCUCUUCCAGAGCUGCCAAGAGCUGGUCAACCUCAACGAGGUCCUCCGAUCUGUCUUCGUGCAGCACAACGGCACCUGUAUCAGCGUCGUUCUUGAGAACGUUAAGACCCCUGUUGUAGAGCAUGAGAUCGACGGCGAUGUUGAGACCUUCGUCAAGGACCUCUGCAACCUUGACGUCCAGACACGCAUGCCGCUUGGCUCCGUCUUUGUCAAGUGGUUUUUCGUGCACAGCAGCAGUGGCCAGUCGGCGCUCGUCUUCCGCGUCUCGCACGCGCAGUACGACGAGAUCUGCCUGCCCAUCAUGCUGCAUCAGCUGUCCGCCCUGCACGAGGGCAAGCCCGUCCCGAAGUCGCUGCCCUUCUCCUCCUUCGUCGGCCACGUCGUCAAGUCCAACAUCCCGCAGAGCAUCGAGUACUGGAAGGAGCUUCUCGAAGGGUCCUCGAUCAACGUGCUGAAGCCCGACACCCCCGUCACAGAGAGGCAGCACUACGCCAUCGACAGGACGUUUGACAUCUCGUCCCGCUCCAAGGACGUGACCAUCGCCACGCUCCCGACGGCGGCGUGGGCGCUGACCCUCGCGCGGAUGCAGAAGACGCGGGACGUGACGUUUGGCGAGGUCGUUAGCGGCCGCAACAUCGACUUCCCCAACGCCGACAUGGUCGUCGGGCCCUGCUGGCAGUACGUGCCAGUUCGUGUCAAGUUCGAGGACGACUGUACGGUGCUGGACCUGCUCAACCUCGUGCAGAACCAGCACAUUGCAAGCUCGGCGCACGAGGGCGUCGGCCUGCCGGAGAUCAAGAAGCUGUGCGCCCCGCACUGGUCCGAGGAGACGGACUGGUUCGACACGGUGGUGCACCAGGACGUCGAGCACGUCGAGAGCCUCGGGUUCGAGACGGCGAGCAGCAGGAUGGAGACGAUCUACCCGCACCAGGAGCCGCUGCGGGAGUGGAAGAUCCAGGCGUUCCCCCAGGGGACAAGUUGA